CUGGAGCAGGAGCCCGGAGCAGCCCCAGCCCCGCGGCCGCCGCGGCUGCGGGGAGAGGGCGGGGGCGAUGCUGCCGGAGCCGCCGCCGCCGCCGCCGCCUCGGUGAGAGCCGCGCCGCGCGUAGCCUCACAGGCUGACAGGCAGAAGGACUGACUUCCCUCUCCCGGGCAUCCUCCCUGGGCUGCCGGGAGGCGGCGGCGGCGGAGGAGGAGAAGGAAAAGAAGGAGAAGGCGGAGAGGAGGAACGCGAGGAGGGUGGACCUGGAUCCGUUUCUCCCGGCCAGGACCCGAGCGGCCCCAGCUACCGCUACCCGCCAGCGCCGUCCCCUAUCCAUCAGCCCUCCUGCGCCCACCCGCGACCCCCGGCUUUCUGGGCGUCGGGCCGGGGCCGGAGCAGCGCGGCCAGAGGUCCGGCCUCUGUUUCCCUGUGAGGAGCAGCCACGGCCCAGCAAGAUGUCCCGGCACCACAGCCGCUUCGAAAGAGAUUACCGGGUGGGCUGGGACCGCCGUGAGUGGAGUGCCAACGGGACACAUGGGACCACCAGCAUCUGCAAUGCCACGGCCGGGGCCGGUGGCGGCACAGCCAGUAGCCUCAGUGCCCGGCCCGGCCUCCUGCCGCUGCCUGUGGUGCCCUCCCGGCUGCCCACGCCUGCCACAGCCCCGGCCCCCUGCACUACCGGCAGUGGUGAGGCCAUCACCAGCCUCGUGGCCAGCUCUGCCUCCGCCGUCACCACCAAGGCCCCUGGAAUCUCCAAAGCGGACAGUCAGUCCCAGGGACUCACGACCAGCAUCCGGUGGGGGCAGACGCCCAUCAAUCAGUCCACGCCCUGGGACACAGAUGAGCCACCCUCCAAACAGAUGAGGGAGAGCGACAAUCCAGGCACAGGGCCAUGGGUGACCACGGUGGCCGCCGGGAGCCAGCCCGCCCUGAUCGCACACUCUUAUGGAGUGGCCCAGCCUCCCACCUUCAGCCCGGCUGUGAACGUCCAGGCCCCAGUCAUUGGGGUGACCCCCUCACUGCCUCCCCACGUGGGGCCCCAGCUCCCGCUGAUGCCAGGCCACUACUCGCUCCCACAGCCACCCUCUCAGCCACUGAGCAGCGUGGUGGUCAACAUGCCUGCCCAGGCCCUGUAUGCCAGCCCGCAGCCCCUGGCCAUGUCCACACUGCCUGGUGUGGGGCAGGUGGCCCGCCCGGGACCCACUGCCGUGGGCAACGGCCACAUGGCAGGGCCCCUGCUGCCUCCACCACCACCAGCCCAGCCGUCUGCCACCCUCCCCAGCGGUGCCCCUGCCACCAAUGGGCCCCCCACGACUGACUCGGCCCACGGGCUGCAGAUGCUGCGGACCAUUGGCGUGGGGAAGUAUGAGUUCACCGACCCCGGGCACCCCAAAGAAAUGUUGAAGGAAUUGAACCAGCAGCGCAGAGCGAAAGCGUUUACAGACCUGAAAAUUGUUGUUGAAGGCAGAGAGUUUGAAGUCCACCAAAAUGUUCUAGCUUCCUGCAGCUUGUAUUUCAAGGACCUGAUUCAAAGGUCGGUGCAAGACGGCGGCCAGGGUGGCCGGGAGAAGCUGGAGCUCGUCCUGUCCAACCUGCAGGCCGACGUCCUCGAGCUGCUGCUGGAGUUUGUCUACACGGGCUCCCUGGUCAUCGACUCGGCCAACGCCAAGACGCUGCUGGAGGCGGCCAGCAGGUUCCAGUUCCACACCUUCUGCAAAGUCUGCGUGUCCUUCCUCGAGAAGCAGCUGACGGCCAGCAACUGCCUGGGGGUACUGGCCAUGGCUGAGGCCAUGCAGUGCGGCGAGCUCUACCACAUGGCCAAGGCCUUCGCGCUGCAGAUCUUCCCUGAGGUGGCGGCCCAGGAGGAGAUCCUCAGCAUCUCCAAGGAUGACUUCAUCGCCUACAUCUCCAAUGACAGCCUCAACACCAAGGCUGAGGAGCUCGUAUACGAGACUGUCAUCAAGUGGAUCAAGAAGGACCCUGUGUCCCGUGCACAGUAUGCCGCGGAGCUCCUGGCCGUGGUCCGCCUCCCCUUCAUCCACCCCAGCUAUCUGCUCAACGUGGUGGACAACGAGGAACUGAUCAAGUCGUCAGAAGCGUGUCGGGACCUGGUCAACGAAGCCAAACGCUACCACAUGCUGCCCCACGCCCGCCAGGAGAUGCAGACACCCCGAACCCGGCCCCGCCUCUCAGCAGGUGUGGCAGAGGUCAUCGUCUUGGUUGGGGGCCGGCAGAUGGUGGGGAUGACGCAGCGCUCCCUGGUGGCCGUCACCUGCUGGAACCCGCAGAACAACAAGUGGUACCCCCUGGCCUCGCUGCCUUUCUACGACAGAGAGUUCUUCAGCGUAGUGAGUGCCGGGGACAACAUCUACCUCUCAGGUGGCAUGGAAUCGGGGGUGACGCUGGCUGAUGUCUGGUGCUACAUGUCCCUGCUCGAUAACUGGAACCUUGUCUCCAGAAUGACGGUCCCCCGCUGUCGGCACAACAGCCUUGUCUACGACGGGAAGAUUUACACCCUCGGGGGACUUGGCGUGGCAGGCAAUGUGGACCACGUGGAGAGGUACGACACCAUUACCAACCAAUGGGAGGCUGUGGCCCCUCUACCCAAGGCCGUGCACUCCGCAGCAGCCACGGUGUGUGGCGGCAAGAUCUAUGUGUUUGGUGGUGUGAACGAGGCAGGCAGAGCUGCGGGGGUCCUACAGUCUUACGUUCCACAGACCAACACAUGGAGCUUUAUCGAGUCCCCGAUGAUUGACAACAAGUACGCUCCGGCCGUCACCCUCAAUGGCUUCGUUUUCAUCCUGGGUGGAGCGUAUGCCAGAGCCACCACCAUCUACGACCCCGAGAAAGGGAACAUUAAGGCAGGCCCGAACAUGAAUCACUCUCGCCAGUUCUGCAGCGCUGUGGUGCUUGACGGCAAGAUUUAUGCCACCGGAGGCAUUGUCAGCAGUGAGGGGCCUGCCCUGGGCAACAUGGAAGCCUACGAGCCCACGACCAACACGUGGACCCUACUACCCCACAUGCCCUGCCCCGUGUUCAGACACGGCUGCGUCGUGAUAAAGAAAUAUAUUCAAAGCGGCUGACGUCAGCAGGAAGCCCACGAUGAGACUGGACAAGCCUGGUGAGGCAGCCGCUACUCACAAUGAUGGAUGUUCAGCAGCACCAGUAAGAGGCUGAUAGACACAAUCAAGGGAAUCACUGCGCUAAACAUUUUGAAUACUCUCUACAUUGAAUGUAGAAAAUCAUCCUCGCCUUUGGGGGAAACGGGAGCAUAGCGCUCCGAGCGGCAGGAACCACAACCAUCCGAGCAGCCGGGCCUGGGGGCUCCUGCAAAGGCACUUGCUCUGAACGGAGGCGCUCGCUCUGCCCGGUGCAAUAGAGUUUCACAUAUUUUUCAACUGGGAGAGAGAAGCUGAUUUUUCCUUCCUGCAGAGCAAGCUUGAUCCCUAAACAACCAUAGAUCAGUUAUCCUAUGACAAUACUAGGUGUCAGGCUCUCUUGGAAUAAGAUCAAAGUGUCCUUAUCACUUUGAUUCCUACUUUCGUUUUUAACCAAUCUACACUUUUCAGUGGCCGAGAGAAGCAAAGGGACAAUACUAUGUGCGGCACAAGGCCCAGGAGGCUCCUGGUCCCCGCCGGGCCAAAGAGAGAUCCAGCCACCCGUGUCGAGCCAGACGUGGCUGGAGCGGCCGUGCAGGGGCAGCCUAGGGACAGCUGGGAGAACCUUUGUCCUUCACAGGUUUUUCUACCGUGUUUUUGCUGGAGAAGGACAGGUGACUGUGCUAGCUUUCUCUUGUCUGAUAUGAAUUAUUUAGAUUUCCAAGGCAUUUUCUUGAUAAACAAAAAGGCUAUUUUUAAGUACUGAGAGAAGGAGGAGGCCAUGAGAGGAUAUGCGGUAAUUCCCAAAGCUCUUUGUAGGUAGGGCCAGAGUGGGGCAUUUGCUCUCAUUUUUUCUAUGUGCAGAAUAGAGGAUCUCUCCUGGGUGGGGGUGAGGGCCCCCAUUUUAUUUUUUAAAAAAUGUAACUCCCGGACAGCCCCAUGAAGAGCUGUGCCUCGCGGAGGUGUUGUCAAAGAUUCUGUUCUAGAAGACCAGUUCUGGCUCAUGACACCAGUCCGGCUCCCUCCAUGAGGUAAAGCUGAGGACCCAGGCCGGGUGGGAAGAGAAGGCGGGAGGGAGGGAGAAAUAAAUGUCUACAAAGCACAGGAGACUAUUUUUGAUAUUUAUAGCUAUAUAUUAAGGCACCUGCCACAAGAGCUCUCAGGAUGGGGACAGCCUUUGUAGACGAGCCAUGACAGCCAAGGCCUGGGGGGCAUGAGCAGAAUCACUCUUCCUGUAGCAUAUUAACCAGAGAAAGGGAAGCCAGGAGGGAGGUCACACUGUGGCUCAUGACAGAAAGGCCUUCCUGCCAGUCCUCAGACCCUCAAACCUCACGCGGUGAUCAGUUUCCAUUCCAGGGCAAGAAGAGAGCCGCCGCCACUGCGCUGUUUAGUUGAAGUUGGUACCAAAUACACAUUCGCCAUUUUUCUAUCCGGGAAGUCAACUUGCCGUCAUUUCAUGAUAAAAACCAUUUCUAAGGAGAAAAGGACAGGACAUGCUUCCCAUCUUUCGGUAUUCAAUGACACGAAAUUCCAAUUCUACUGUCGGGCAUCGACUUCUAGCACUGCAAGUGUGGCCCCCACUUGGACAAGAUACCGAGCUUCGUUAUGCAGUUUUUAAUAUUAUUUAUUCUUUUAAAAAGUAAUAAGCACAAAACUACAUACAUUGUAUGUCAUUUAAAGUAUUUAUGUCAAACAGGGUGCAAGUGUGAACCCAAGGACUGGAGCACAAAUUUCUAACUGCCUGGGGCAGGGCCGAUGUUAGCGCUGGUGAGCGUGUGCCUCCAAAGGAGGUGUUAGCGGUCAGCAAGACUCAACACAGAUGACAUUGCAAUUCCGUUUCUCCUCAUUUAUCACACUGGAGCAAAACUGGCUAUUUCUGUGAAUGAUAUAAAACAGGGUUCUCUGUAAUGGUAUUGUACAUAGUAUAUGUUUAUUGUUAAGUUCUUGUUAUAUUAUAAUAAAUAUAUUUAUAGAUCUAGACUCAGAAGCCGAUGGAAUGCCUUUGUGUGCCACCAUCCUUCCUGGCCACAGUGAUGAGCAGCCCCAUGGAGGCCUGCCCCUGCUCUCACACAUCAGCCGUCUGGGCUCGAGUACAGACUUUAGUGCAGACCUUGAUGAUGAGAAAGGCCACGACUCCGUAGCGAGGGAACAUACAGACCGACUUUGCUCUACGAAGAUAUCCCACACAAGGCUUCCCUGGGUACCAGGUAGGAUUGCUCACUCUCUUGCAGGGAAAGAAGUUUAAAUUUAACAGGGUAGUAGGAGAAGGGAGAUUCACCAGCAUUUCAUCCAUGUGAAGAGCCCCACGCCCCCAGUCCCCAAAUCUCACUAAGACCUAGCAUCUUCUUGCAAGGAAACCUGUGAAGAAGGUGCAUCAGGACAGGUGGGAGUGGGAGUUCUUCAGAGGACUCGGCUGAAGCCUAUGAUGGUUGACCACACACUUGCCAAAUAAAUAUCAGCAAUGCUAUCUUCAGAAACACCAGUCGCAGAGGAAAGGAUGGAGAAUGGGUAGAAGAUUCCAAUCAUGAAGAGCUGAAAUUAUCACCUGUUAUAAAAAACCAAGCAAUAGUUUUGUUAGCUCCUUCCUUCUCUACUCUCUUUCCCCAAAUCAAGGGAAAUGUGUUCUCUGGGCCUCUGAAGAGUCUGUGUACUCACCACGCAAGACGUGUGACCGCUCUAUCAGGAACCUGUGUAACUAUGGGAGGAGUCUCUCUUGUUGGACUCAAGCUACUACCAUCAGACCUGGCAAGGGUCACGCACAGAGGAAUGGAUCACAUUGUGUGCACGUGUGUGCACGUGUGUGUGCAUGUGUGAAUUUUUUAAAAAAUCAUAACCAAAAUAAGAAGAAAACAGGAAAAAUAUUUGUAGUCCAUAUGACAAAGGAUUAAUAUCUUUAUUAAAGAGCCUACGUAAUUCAGUAAGAAAACAUUGAGUGAUUCCGGUUGUUAAAUAGGUCGUAGACAGGCCCUUCAAGGGGAAACAUUGCUAGUAAGUGUAAGACAAGUUCAACAUCGGUAGUUAUGAAAUAAUGACAUUUCAAUAAUGAGGCAUUAUCUGCACCUACUAAAUUAGCUUCCCAAACCUAAAAACAAAGCAGGGAGGUGCUGGGGGAGCUCCAAGUGCUAAUCAGGAACGGUGAAACUCUUUACUGCCAAGGGCCUGAGGAGCUGAAACGGCUUCUAGAAAGCAAUGUGGCAGGUGCCAUGUAUCAAGAGCCUAAAAGGCGUCUGACCCAGUAAAUCCACUUCUGGGCACCCAUCAGGAAAUGUCAGAGAAUAACUAGUUCCCACCUACUGACACUAACUUUAUGCCAGACUCUGUGCUAAGCACUUGAAGCACUGAAUGCUUACAAUUCUACAAGAUAGGUGCUAAAGGCAAGCAGCAAUGUAAACAACACUGUAAGAGUCAUAUUUGUAUAUGAUUGCGAUCAUGUAAGGUAUGUAUAAAGACAGACACGCUACAAAGAUACAUAAAAUAUGUAUAUAAAAAUAACCAGAUGUGCAGUCAUAAAACUACUAAUUGUACUGAUACAACUGUGGGCGAUUUUCCUUCCCUCUCCUCCAAAAUGUAUAUAAAGAGAUGUUACUUUUAUAAUAAAAAAUAUAGGUAUUUUAAUGGGGAAUCGAGGAUAGAAAGUAGAUUUUCCCCUAUAUUUUAGCCUAAGAAAUUCUCAAAGACCAUUUCUUAUUUUGGCCACCAGAAGCAAUGGAAAAGUUAGAGACAUUUUAAAAUAAAGUAACAAAGAAUUACAGCUAAGAAAAUUGCAGUAAUAAUCAAGAUUAUUUUUUUUAAAACCUAAAGGCUACGGUGAAUGGAAUAUAUCUUUCAGUGCAUGAAGAUUUUCAUGAAACAAAUGAACUUCUUUGGGUUCUCGGAAGGCCAAGCGAGAUGAAAAGGACAAUAAUAAAGAAGGAAAAAUUCUAGUUCCACGUAAGGAUAAAUGUAUUAGUACUAAACUCUGGAACAGGUUACCAAGGUCCUUGGGAAGGGCUUCUCUAAUUAAAUCUCAAUCAAAUCUUGGUAUAGUAUAAUUGCAUACAUUAUCUCAUUUGAUCCUCUCAACUACCCUGAAAGUCACAGGGCAUCGUCUUCACUCUUGAAGAAGAAACAAUCUUAGAAAAGUUAAGUGACCUGUAUGCAGGGCAGUUAUGCCACACUCCAAGUGUUCUCCAUUCAUUAUCACGCCCAGUCCCCCUAACGAUCCUGCUGACGGCCAUCCCGGCUGCACAGGCUCCAGAAGAGAAACAGAGUUGGUCUAAGGCACCCUGGCGCUCAAACCCCGCUCAGUGAGACUCCAGAGAGCCCGUGCCACUUCACACGGCCUCUCCAAGGCUGCCUAGAGUUAGGUAGCUCUUACGACUCCAAGACCAAGACUCCUUGCUCCUCUCCAAGCUACCUCAGAAAUCCGUACUAGGGGAAAGAAUUCUGUUAAGCCGCUCUGUGUUAGACACAGUCCCCUUGGGACGCAGUUUUCCCUUUGCCUGGUAGGAACCUCAGCAACACACUGGCUCCUCCACUAAGGCUUCAGCUUGACACAGGAAAUGGUUCUGGGGUAGGGAAAGAGUCCACCGAUGUGAGAUACUAGACCAGCCAUUGCUGCCUCACC